AUGUCUGGCAGGGGCAAAGGGGGGAAAGGGCUGGGUAAAGGAGGUGCGAAGCGUCACCGGAAGGUCUUACGGGACAACAUCCAGGGCAUUACGAAGCCCGCAAUUCGCCGUCUUGCCCGCCGUGGUGGUGUCAAGCGCAUCUCAGGGCUCAUCUACGAGGAGACCCGUGGAGUGCUCAAAGUGUUCUUGGAAAACGUGAUCCGCGAUGCAGUGACGUACACGGAACACGCCAAGCGCAAGACGGUCACGGCCAUGGAUGUGGUGUAUGCUCUGAAACGCCAGGGCCGCACCCUCUACGGCUUCGGUGGCUGA